AUGGCAGACUCAAUUCCAGCCGAGGCUGAGUCCCCUCGGCCAUCGAAGAUUCCCUAUUGGAGUUUCAUCUUCGACCAGAAGGUGGUCACAGAAGAGGUUGCUUCGUUCCCGUAUGCAGGCUCUGGCACUGACGAGGAUCCAUUCGUGGUGACUUGGCUGCCGCGUGAUCCCCGCAAUCCGAUGAACUUUAGUUCAUUCAAGAAAUGGGCUAUCACUUUCCUGGUCUCCUUCGUUACACUGGCCGUGGCGCUAGUCUCUUCGGCAUACUCGGGAGGAAUUCGACAGAUUGUAAUCGAGUUCGAGGUGGAGGAAGAGAUCGCCAUCCUCGGUGUAUCUCUCUUUGUGCUCGGAUUUGCCAUUGGCCCCUUGAUCUGGGCGCCUAUGAGUGAGAUCUUUGGUCGUCGUCAUGUCUUCACGUUCACGUAUGCUUGUUUAACCGCACUUAAUGCAGGUGCUGCUGGCGCGACUAACAUUACCACGUUGAUCAUUUUGCGCUUCCUGGCGGGCUGUUUCGGUUCAUCACCGUUUGGCAAUGCAGGUGGUACUAUUGCCGAUCUGUUCACCGCGUCGCAGCGUGGGAUGGCUAUUAGCUUCUUCGCCGCGGCGCCGUUCUUGGGUCCUACACUUGGCCCUGUCAUCGGCGGAUUCUUGGCGACGGCGGCCGGUUGGCGAUGGGUCGAAGGUUUGCUCGCGGCAUUCUCAGGCCUUCUUUGGCUGUGCAUCAUUUUCCUCCUUCCAGAGACAUACGCCCCGGUUCUCUUGCGCCGACGCGCAGCCAAAUUGUGUGAAUUGACAGGCAAGACUUAUCGAAGCAAAAUUGAUAUCGAGCGCGGACCGACUCCCUUGGGCAGAACCCUCAAAACCGCGCUCUCGCGGCCUUGGAUUCUAUUGUUUCGCGAGCCUAUUGUCUUCCUCUUUUCGGUUUAUAUGUCUAUCAUCUAUGGGACGCUUUACAUGCUCUUUGCCGCCUACCCGAUUGUUUUCCAGCAAGGUCGGGGGUGGAGUGAGGGUAUCGGUGGUCUUGCCUUCCUCGGUAUCCUUGUGGGGAUGGUUGCGGCCGUGAUUUACAAUUUCCCCGAGAAUGUGCGAUAUGCAAAGAAAUGCAGUGAGACGACCGAUCGUCUCCCACCCGAGUUGAGACUGCCUCCGAGUAUGGUCGGCGGCGUGGCUCUUCCGAUCGGGCUCUUUUGGUUUGCCUGGACGAAUUAUCCCAGCAUUCACUGGAUCGUGCCUAUCGCCGCUGGCGCUCCGUUUGGCUUUGGCAUGGUGCUGGUCUUUCUCAGUGUCAUGAACUACCUGAUCGACUCAUACACGAUCUAUGCGGCUUCUGUUCUGGCAGCAAAUUCGGCACUACGGUCAUUGUUUGGUAUGGCUUUUCCACUUUUCACGACCUACAUGUAUCAUAAUCUGGGUGUUCACUGGGCUUCUUCCAUCCCUGCGUUUUUGUCGCUCGCUUGCGUACCAUUCCCUUUCAUCUUCUGGAAAUAUGGCGCUCAAGUGCGUCAACGAUGCACCUAUGCCGCCGAGGCAGAUGCUUUUAUGCGCCGUCUUGCCGAGAAAAAUCAAGCAGAGAUUCGUCGUGAAGAUGUGACCACGAAGAACGAUGAUGAAACACCUGAAAAGGAGAGAUUGUCCUGUGACGUUUCGGAUGACACCAGCGACACGGAAAGUCUGUCCACCGUGCCCUCGCGUAUCAGUUUGGGGCGUCUGGCCUCGAGAGCUUCGCGCCUGUCUGGAAGAUCAAUGCAUCGAACACCAACGGCUACGCAAUAUGAGGAAAAUCCUUAUGACCUUGACAUUGUCAACACUCGGCAGUCAGCCAUGAGUGGCCAUCGUCAGCAUGUUUAA